AUGACGGCAAUCGGCUGACAUUUUUAUUUAUUUAUUUUGUUUUAGGUACUUUUUACCUAUUAUAAUAUUGUGUUUAUUAUCCUAUGUUACUUGCUCUGUGUUUAUUAUUUAAUAGUUAAUACAUGAAUAAUAUGUACUGUAUUACAUUUUGAAUUGUGAAAAUAACUACAACUUCUAUGCUAGUGAUUCAUUUAAUUUCCUUAUUACAAUGGAAAGUGACGAAAUGAAGGAUAAACUGUUUUCCUGCCUAACUCAACAAAUGAGUGAAAUCGAGUUAUUAAAUUCAAUGUAUCCAAACAAGGAUGAAUUAAUUUUUACAGAUGCCUCCAUUUUAGAAGAAGUUAAAGAUUUUCUAGAUAAUAAAACUGAUUACACACCAAGACACAUAGACUUCAUAUUAUAUCUUUUUUUACAAAAUAAGAAAUUGGAGAUUUCAAUCAAUUUACCUACCUUCUACCCUGAAGAUGAACCAGACAUUUACAUAAGAUGUAAUCAAAUGAAUCGUCAACAAGAAUCAAAAUUGAAUAGAGGGGCUGUAGAUUUUCUAAAAUCUAAUCAUAACAAUGAACCUUGCAUUUAUUCAAUUGUAGCAUGGAUACAAGAUAAUGUAGAAGAGAUAAGUGAAGUAGAAGAAAGCACUCAAGAAUUAAAAGAUGAUCAUAUAAACUAUACAGAAGAGGUAAAGUUUGCCAGAUAUUGGAUAUUUUCACAUCAUAUUUAUAAUAAGAAAAAACGAGAAGAAAUUGUGAAGCUGGCUAGAGAGCUGAAAUUAACUGGAUUUUGUUUAAGUGGGAAGCCUGGAAUUAUAUGUAUUGAAGGAAGUGAAAAUGACUGUAAAGAAUGGUGGAAAGUGAUAAAAUCUAUGAAUUGGAAAAAAAUUGUUGUUAGAAAAAUAGAACUAUUUGAUAUAUCCCAACAAACAAAAGAACAACGAUUUAUAAAAUUUGAAGAAAUUGCAUUUCUAAAUUCAUCUAAUCGUAAUAAUAAACAUGCUGAUAUGAGUGGGUUCUCCAAAUAUAUAGACGAAUAUAACUUAACAGAAGCAUUCAAUGACUUUUUUGGCUUUUCCAAUAAUACUUGACAUUACUCCGCUAUUAAAUUCUUAACACAUUGUCACAUAAUAUCAUAUUGGCCAAACUAUGGCAAUAACAAUAAACUUAAUCUGA